UAUUCCUCGUUAGUGUGUAGUCUCUUACAUUACCUACAAAAUCUUUGCUUUCCCUUUUUUUUUUUUUUUGCCAAUGGCUUCUUCACCACAACUCAUCUCUUACUUCUUCCUUUUAGCCUUCUUCUCCGUUGAAAUACAUGGUAGGGAAUUUUUUAGCAAAAUCCCAAGUGUUAACACAAAUGAGAAAGAGGUGACCAACAAAGAAGAACAAACAACUUUGGGGAAGAAGGAGCAAGAGCCAAGGUUUGUCCCCGAGACCCAAAAUGGCUAUGGGCUUUACGGUCACGAGUCUGGUCAGCUCCCUCCUAGCACCACCAGUACCAAAGAAACCUAUGAACCCUAUGUCACUCCUGUUAAAUACCACCCUGAUGAACCCUACAAUAGCAUCCCAGCGUCCAAAACCAACAACAAAGACUCUUACUUUUAUAGCAAGACAAAUGCCUACGGGAACACUGAGCAGCAAAGUGAAGCCAGGUUCAAUGAGAAAGGAUGGACCACCAAGGAAACCAACAACUACAAUGGUAACAACGAGGCCUUGUUCACUGAGAAAGGGUGGAGUACUAAGGAAAACCAGAAUAGCAACAACUAUUACAAUGGUAACAAUGAGGCCAUGUUCACUGAGAAAGGAUGGAGUACUAAGGAAAACCAGAACAACAACAACAACUAUUACAAUGGUAACAAUGAGUACAACAAUGUUGAGAAGCAAGGAAUGAGUGAUACUAGGUACUUGGAGAAUGGGAAGUACUACUAUGGUGUGGGUUCUGAGAACAACUACUACCCGAACCAGUUCGAGAACUCGAGGGGAGUCGGUUCGAGGAACGAGUUCAACGAGAACCGUUACAAUAACAUGGGAAAGUACAAUCAGAAUCAAGAGGAGUUCGAAGAAGAGUUCGAGCCAUGAAACCAUACGCAUAUGCUAAUUAAUUAGCAAAAUGAGGGUAAAGAAAAAAAGGUUUUAUUUAUUGGGUUUUGUGUUUUACUUUGUGAUCUUUUUUUAUUUUAUUUGCAGGGUUUGAUAGCAUCCUUUGCUUUUGAUAUUGAAAUGCUAAAAGAUAUGAUAUGGGAGCCUUAUGCUUUUUACUUUUCUUAAACAAUGUUAUGCAAUAAAAAUGUAAUUAUAUGUUCCAAUAUUAUAUAUAUAUAUCUUCUUCCUAUUUUAA